AUGGAAGGACAAAGUUCUUGUGGAAUGGGGAAGUUAACUCCCUCGAACUACUCUUUUUGCAAGAGAAGAAUGAAAGACUUGUUGAUUGUGAAAGAUUUGUAUCUCCCUACUAUGGGAAAAACAAAGCCAGGGAAGAUGACUGAUGAUGAAUGGGAGAUAUUGCAUUUGAAGGCAGCUGCCACAAUCAGGCAAUGGGUUGAUGCAAGUAUCUUCCACCAUAUUUAUGAAGAUGUCAAGGCUGAUGAGCUAUGGAAUAAGUUAGCAGCCAUGUACGAGAAAAAUACCUUCAGAAAUAAGGCCACAAAAAUAAGAAGAUUGGUGAAUUUGAAGUGCAAAGAUGGAAGGAGUAUGACUAAGCAUACUAGUGACUUUUCAGUGCUUGGUGAACCAAUUGACAUCUAUGGAGAUGACUCUUGA